UUCCAUGCCAGUAUAUGUACAUUGACUUUUUUUUUUUUCAAAGAUUUAUUUUAUUAAUUUGAAAGAGUUAUAGAGAGGUAGAGACAGACAGGUCUUGCAUCCGCUGGUUCACUCCCCACAUGGCCGCAACAGCCAGAGCUGCGCCGAUCCAAAGCCAGGAGCCAGGAGCUUCCUUUGGGUCUCCCACGUGGAUGCAGGGGGCCAAGGACUUGGGCCAUCUUCUACUGCUUUCCCAGGCCAUAGCAGAGAGCUGGACUGGAAGAGGGAGCAGCAGGGACUAGAAUCGGUGACAACAUGGGAUGCCAGUGCUUCAGGCCAGGGCUUUAACCCGCUGCACCACAGCGCUGGCCCCUAUGUAUAUUGAGUUUUUAAAAGAAUAACUGGUACAUAGUGUUUUGAGUAAUGUAUUUACCACAAUUUAUUCAGUUAUUGCUGUUUUUUAAAACCACAGAUAUUUGUAGAGUGACUGAUUCUUGCAAAGCAGUUUUUAAAAAUUUUGAAAUCUGGGGCCAGUGCUGUGGCGUAGCAGAUAAAGCUGCCACCUGCACUGCCGGCAUCCCAUAUGAGUGCUGGUUUGAGUCCGGCUGCUCCACUUCUGAUCCAGCUCACUGCUAACAUGCUUGGGAAAGCAGUGGAAGAUGGCCCAAGUCCUUGGGCCCCUGCAUCUACAUGGGAGACCUGGAAGAAGCUCCACCUGGCUUUGGAUUGACCUAGCUCCAGCUGUUGUGGCCAUUUGGGCCAUUGCGGCCAUUUGGGGAAUUUUCCAGUGGAUGGAAGACCUCUCUCUGCCUCUGCCUCUCUAUAACUCUGCCUUUCAAAUAAAUAAAUAAAUAUUUUUUUUAAAAAAAGAUAUUGAAACAUUAUGGUACCACAUUAUCAUGGUGCUGGAAGUGUCCAAAGCAGCCACAAAGAAGGGGAUUGCUACUACUGAAGCAGAACUCCCAGUCCUGAUUUUUUACAACUCAAAGAACAAAAUCAAUUCCUGAGAAACUUAUUUUGAAAAUUCAUUUUAAUGUCCCACUGGUUAUAUGUCAAACUCAUAAAUAGAGAUAGCUUUUAUUAAAAUUUUGUAUUUAUAUAAAAGGCAAAGAGCGAGAUCUUCCAUCCCAAAUGCCCCUCAAUAGCUAAGGCCAGGCCUAAGCCAGGAGCCCAGAAUUCAAUCUGGGUCUCCCACGUGGGUAGCAAAGACCCAAGCACUUGGACGAUCCAGAGUGCAUAUUUGCGGGAAGCUGGAAUCAGAGCCAGGGACAUUAGCCCCAACUCUGAUAUGGGAUGUGGGAAUUAGAAGCAGCAUGUUAACAGCUGAUAGGGGCUUUUAUAAGCACUUAAGGAUUAUGACCGUCUUCUCUGCUGCCCUGAGGUGCUGAACACCCACCUCUGUCAGAAACCCUGCACCCUGGAGGGAAGCUGCUGUCCAACAUUGGCAUUAACUUUUGAACACCUGCCUGUGCCCGCGGGGAGGAAGAGCCCCCAGAGGAGGAGGGCUGGCUCAGCUUCCUGAGACCAGUGUAGAUCUAUUUAGCAUAAUGUUUCAUGUCUCUCUCUUCUUCCUCAUUUUCAGCUGUGCUGCCCAGUCUGUUUAUCUUGCUGUAGGCUCAGUUAUAUAAACUGUCAUCCCAUGUUUGUGCUGUCACACAUAGAUUUUUGGUUAAAAUUAAGUUUCAAACAUUCUAGAAUUCUCAAUUCUAUGGGGGGCGGGAAGUGCCUGUACCCAUCAAUCUGGUAAUGCUUUGAGGUCCGAGGCAUUGAGGGUUGCUGACCUGAGACUUCUCCUUCCUCUUCGGACUUUCAGUUCUUCAAAACUAGUCAUUGUCUACAUUGUAUAAAAUAAUUGCUAGGAGAAAAAUAAAACCCUAAGACCUGUUGUCUGCUUACUGCUUAUUUUCCAGUAGAUGGCACCAGAUACCCUUGAAGUUCAUGAUACUAAUUCACAGUUGUGUAGCUGGCUAGUUGAUAAUUUCUUCUACCACCAGGGAACAAAAAUGGUACAUUCUUUAGUCUAAUUCUUUUAUUUAUAUGUAACUUAGUAUUUUUGUUUGGAGUUUAACUUGGUGUUUAAAUUGUUAAUUUGUGAUCCCCAGCUUAGAUUUCACCACCACAGUACAAAAAAAUCAGAGUAAGUGUGAUUUUCAAUCGGUGAUUUCCAGGGGAAGGGGUCAUGAUAUUGAAAUAGAAGUGAGCUAAAGAAUUGAGAGUAAAAGGGUAAAGAGUUAUAUGCAAUGUUCAGAGCAAAAAUUGAAAAAUAAAGGCAUACAAAAUCCAAGAUGUUAAUAUAAUGAAGUAUUUUUAGUAUUAUCACUUUGGCUACUUUAGAAGACUGCAGCCAUUUUAUUACAGCAUUCGAAUUUAUUUUACAAAUAACAUACAGGCCGGCGCCGCGGCUCACCUGGCUAAUCGGCUAAUCCUCUGCCUGCGGCGCCAGAACCCCGGGUUCUAGUCCCUGUCAGGGUGCUGGAGUCUAUCCCAGUUGCGCCUCUUCCAGUCCAGCUCUCUGCUGUGGCCCGGGAAGGCAGUGGAGGAUGGCCCAAGUGCUUGGGCCCUGCACCCGCAUGGGAGACCAGGAGGAAACUCUUGGUUCCUGGCUUGGUGCAGCAUGCUGGCCGCCGCAAGCCGGCUGUAGCUGCCCUUUGGGGGGUGAAGCAACAGAAAAAGGAAGAUCUUUCUCUCUGUCUAACUCUGCCUGUCAAAAAUUUUUAAAAAUCAAAAUUAAUUUAAAAAAAAUAAAUAACAUACAAUUAUGAACAUAGUCAAACUGUUUAUAUCCCCAUUACCUUUUCCAACUGUUUAUUGCCUCUUGAAAACCUUCACCUUCAAUGUAUUUAUCGAAUUAAUAUGUUCAUGAAGAAACAACUUUUACACUGAAUUAACCAUUAAGACCAAAAGACGUGUUUUCUAUGUGUCAAGCAUGGUUUGCUACAUGUUUUCUACUUACUGUUGCCUAAUUUUAAUGGAUUCAUAAUCCAUUUAAAAAACCCCACCCUGAUUACAUUUAUAUAUUUGCCAUUCUUUCAUCCAGUGUUUUAGUUGGCAUUUUGUGACUCAGUCUUGAAAUCUGUGUAAUGUACCACCACCCCGGGAGGAUUGGUGGCUUGGGCCCUGGGUAAUUCUCAUCUCUGCAGGUGAAUGGAUGACCUGGAAUUCCACUUCUGGGUCUUUUCUACAUGUGCAGAAUGUGGAUAAUUAACACAGAUCGCAUGACAGAGGCGAAUUACAUAGUAAGCCGUUGUUACAUAUAGACAAGAACCUUUUUACAAAAAGAAACAUAUUCAUGCUUCACUUCUGUUUUGGGGAUCCUCAGCUUGCCAAAAGCGUUAUUUCCACUUUUUAAAUUGGAGAUAUCAGUAUGUUAAUGUAACCUGGGUCUCUAGCUAGCUUUCAUUUCAGAAUUCUUGAUGGGUUUACAGAGCGAUCCUUAAGCUUUUUAGUUCUUAAUGUGUAAUAUUCUGUUAAGCAUUUAUAUUGGCACCACCCCACACCCUUUGUAGCCGUCUUGAAAAGGCAGUAUUCUUUUUAACGUUUUCAUCUGAAAUUGAGAGAAAAGACUCUAUAAGAGAUUUGGGUCAAAGAAUCCUGGGGCUUCCGCGUUAUCUGUAGGUCCAGGGAGUUCCUGAGCUUUUGAAACCCACUCAUAACGCGCUUCCCGGGAUGGAAAAGGCGCCUCUGGAGAGGAGCGCCACGCUGCGCGCCCGCCCCAGCGCGCUCUCCCCUCCUGCCCACAGCCACGUGGCGCCCACGGGCCGGCCACCCGCUGAGCCGCCGGCGCCGCUCUUCCUUCCGCAGGAUUCACAGCAGGGUCCUCGGCCGCUGGAUCCCUGUCUAGGGGAACCCGGAACCUCCCAGACUUCGGCCACCAGGCCCAGGGCUCCGGCCCCGAACCCCAAAGGACAGAGAGCCCAGGCGACGCGAAGUGCCAGCCUUCCAUUCGAGGGACGCCCGGCAGGUCCCGGAAGUUUUCCCCGGAGACAGAUCUAGGCAACAGGUCCGAGGCGGGGCCGGGCAGAACCGAGCACGGCGGCGGCCGGUGAGUCAGGGCCGCCCGGCUCCCGGCCGGCCCUCCCAGCCAAUGCCAGACCUGGGGAUGUGCAGCCGGGCUGCUGACCGUCGGCCACUCAGGGCUCGCCGGGCCUGGAGAAAGAAGCUGAGCAUGGUUAUGCCUCCAUGUUACCAUACAAUAACAAGGACAGAGAUGCCUUAAAAAGGAGGAACAAAUCCAAGAAGAACAGCAGCAGUAGCAGGUCAACUCACAAUGAAAUGGAGAAGAAUAGACGGGCUCAUCUUCGCUUGUGCCUGGAGAAGCUGAAGGGGCUGGUGCCACUUGGGCCCGAAUCAAAUCGACACACUACGUUGAGUUUAUUAACAAAAGCCAAAUUGCACAUAAAGAAACUUGAAGACUGUGACAGAAGAGCCGUCCACCAAAUCGACCAGCUGCAGCGGGAGCAGCGGCACCUGAGGAGGCAGCUGGAGAAGCUGGGCAUUGAGAGGGUCCGCAUGGACAGCAUCGGCUCCACCGUCUCCUCGGAGCGCUCCGACUCCGACAGGGAGGAGAUCGAUGUAGACGUGGAGAGCACAGACUAUCUCACGGGCGACCUGGACUGGAGCAGCAGCAGCGUGAGUGAUUCUGACGAGCGGGCCAGCACGCAGAGCCUGGGCAGUGACGAGGGCUACUCCAGCGCCAGCGUCAAGAGAAUAAAGCUGCAGGACAGCCAGGACGUGUGUCUCGGGCUCUGAGGGCGCGUGUGCCGGCCGCCCCCUGGAUGGUUCUCCCUGUCGGCUCUGAUUAGGUAGUGUACUGGACCUGCCCGCCUCGCCCUCGCACGUCAACGUCCGUGUACCCCACCUCUACACAGUCAGCUGGGUCACAGUUUCCAAGGAAGUGCUUAGGCCUGUGGGCAUCGGAUGGCACCCGCUAGCUUCUCGUUCUCUCCAUCACAAUCCGUCUCUGAGAGACUGUACAUUCCAGUCAGUCUGAAGCACCCGAGACUCUUUAGACCGAGCGAGCAACUGUCGCAUCUCAGCAAGUCCCCGUCUCCUCUCCUGUCCCGUGUCGUCCACCAGACUUUUCUGCCGAGUUCUCUGGCUUACUGUGUUACCUGCCUGGGAGAAGUGUCUGAGUGUGUCUUGUGCUUAGGAGACUGAAGGAAACCAGCUUUCCAAGUGGAGAUCCUGACCUCAGAACUCCAAAGGAAGCUUCGAGAGCUCUUCGCCGUGGGCCUCGCCCCCGCGAGGAAGUCAGGAGCACCUCCGGCAAACAGCCCUGCCACCUGCCCACGCGCACCCCGGUCGCCGCCGCCCUGGAUGGGAGCAGUAUUUCCCACUCGACAGCGUGUCUCUGGGCUCGCACAGCCGAGGAAGGUUCCACCACUGUUCUCACAAACAAAACGGCACCAUGUGUUUUUGUGCAGUGUUCAUGGGACCUUGCUGUGUACCGCUGUCUCAAGGCACAUUUUCCCCUCAAAGUUUGUCAGUGCUACUUGUCUCUGGAACUUUUUUUUUUCCUACCUCAGAGAUAAAUGAGAUCUCCAUUUCCCACUUAACACAAAGUGAUUAUGCCUCUCCCCCCCCCCCCCAUAAGUGACAUUUGGUCCAAUGCUAAUCUAUUUUCCUAUUUAACUUUCAGCAAUAACUGAGCUUUGGCACUAGCUGAGCUGGUGGCCAUCAUCAGUGAAAGAGAAAGUCCGCAUUUCUACUCUCUGUGUUGCAGGUGAACAGGAGGGGACGGGACGGGGUUGCUAGAAUCCCUCUCCUUCUUGAUUAUUUUUGGAUACACCCAGAAACUUCUUUCUGGAGGCUUUUGGGCUGAUAGUUUAAAAGGCUGAUUUUUCUUUUUGGUUAUGAUUUCUCCCUUAAGUGGUCUCCCACUUUGUAGCAUUUUUAUUUAAGCUAAAACAGAGCACAUGUAUAUGUACAUAAGACACAUUAAAUCUAUAAAUACUAUUUAUUCAUUUUAUAUAAACUAAUGUAAUGGAAAAUAAAUUCUUAUGACUUUGUGCUUUUAUAGAUGUUCUAGGAACUUUGUAUGUAGGUAUCUAUGAAAUUGGUUCAUUCCCCUCGAUAUUUUUGCAUUCAUAUUUUUUGAGGUCUUGAUGCUUUCAGCCUCUGGCGAAUCUUUUUCAUUGAAUUUGAACCAUUUGUAAAAUCUGUGAUGCUGAAACAGUGUGUGUGUGUCACAAAGUGAUGGAACAUUCCGCAAAUCCACGGACGCACUGCGACCCAAGGGCUCAAGGGCUGACUCGGCAGUGGGCAGCACCCGCGCUCCCCCACCGGCCGGCAGUCACUGGGGCAGCGCAGCCUCGCAGCUCAGCCAGCGCCUCCACCUUCCGCACCACUGAAGUCAGAGUUCAGAUGCACUCUACGUGGAAGUUCCUUCUGUACCUGAAGAGCAAUCCAAACAAAGCGAGAUUACUUUUGUGGAACUCUUUUUUUUUUAGUAAUUCUUUAAUGUGUUAAAAAAUUUUUUUUAAUUGGAAGUAGUAGAUUUCUAAAUGAUUCCGAAGUCACCUGUAAUUCUUUUGUUUUGUUCUGGUUUUUCUUCCUUUUGGCUUUGGGUGGGAGGAGAGGCAGGUGACACAAAAACCUUUUUAUUUUUUCCUUUAAAUUGUUGGAAACUUUUCCAAUUACCAGCUGAAGAUUUGCACUGAAAUACAACUUGUAUGCCUUUUGCAUUUUGAGAGCCUACUUCCUGAGUUUAAGCAGAGUGACAGUGUUCACGAGCCAGCUCCGCCUGUUAACACAUUGGAGAAAGAGAUUUCUGCACUUUGAGGUCCCUUUCGGAUGCCACUCAUGAGACCUCUGGAUUUUGUCGAAUUGCUACAUUCAAGCGCCUCACAAGUCCGUGAUGCUGGAUGCUAGAUGGCAGCAGAAACUCAAGACUUUGAGAAAGCUUGUGGGCUUGCACUGGGGGAGGGAAGGGAACGAAAUUGUGUCCUUGUUUGUUUCAUUUAGAAAUAAGGCAUCUGAGGGAUGCCGCUGUUUUCUGUGUUUUAAUUGUUGUGCCUUUGAGUUAAACUGCAUUUUUGUCCUUUUGGUUGAAAUAUGAAAUGUACUGUCCCAAUAUAAAAUAGUCAUUAUUUGACCUUU